GGGCUUCCUGGUGACGUAUGUAUGGGAAAGUACAUCCACGGUGUCGCGGUGCUGCAUUGACCCGAAAACAACAAGACACACUCGGAUUACACGCCUCUACCGAAAACGGCUCAUGACACUUUUAUAGAAACGCGAUCUUUCUGUACAACAAUGGAGAAACCUCCCUUCAGGCAGAACCAGAACUGCGGGGACUGGGAGCUGAAAGAGAGGCUGGGCAUGGGCGGCUUUGCCCAUGUUUACCUCUACCAACAUCAAGUAUCAAAUGACAAGCUAGCCGUGAAAAUGUGCCGCCUGGAGCUCACACCCAGAAACAAAGACAGAUGGAGCAGAGAAAUCCAGAUAAUGAAAAAGUUAAAUCAUAUCAAUGUUGUGACAGCCCAGGACGUCCCAGAGGAAAUGAACCAUAUAGCCUUAAACGAUCUUCCACUGCUGGCCAUGGAGUACUGCUCCAGAGGAGACCUGAGGAAGAUGCUGAGCAAACCUGAAAACUGCUGCGGUCUCAAAGAGAGUGAAGUGCUGUCAUUACUCAACGACGUUGGAUCUGGUAUCCAGUAUCUGCAUGAAAACAAGAUCAUACACAGAGAUCUUAAACCUGAGAACAUAGUGCUGCAGGACAUCAACGGAAAGCUGGUUCACAAAAUCAUUGACCUGGGCUAUGCUAAAGACCUGGACCAGGGCAGCCUCUGUACUUCAUUUGUCGGCACGCUACAGUAUCUGGCGCCCGAGCUGUUUGAGAAUAAGCCAUACACCGUUACCGUGGACUACUGGAGCUUCGGCACCAUGAUAUUUGAGUGUAGCUGUGGUUUCCGUCCAUUCCUUCACAACCUGCAGCCUGUGCAGUGGGCAAGCAAAGUGAGGAAUAAAGGUCCAAAAGACAUCAUGGCGGUUGAGGAACUCAACGGAGAAGUCAGGUUCUCCACACAUCUACCCUACCCCAACAAUCUGAGCAGGACACUGUUGGAGCCGAUGGAGGCGCUGCUGCAGCUGAUGUUAAAGUGGGAUCCGGUGCAGAGAGGAGGCAAAGUGAGCGGCGACAACAAGAAACCCCUGUGCUUUGAAGUGCUCGAGCAGAUACUGAGUAUGAAGGUCGUCCACAUCCUGAACAUGACCACAGCCCAGGUCCACUCCUUCCAGCUGACUCCAGAGGAGAGUCUCCACAGCCUCCAGAAGCGCAUCGAGGCCGAGACCAAGAUCGAAGUGGUGAACCAGGAGCUGCUGCAGGAGACGGGCGUGUCGCUGGACCCCAGGAAGCCCGCUGCACAGUGUGUCCUAGACGGAGUGAGAGGGUGGGACAGCUACAUCGUCUACCUGUUUGACAAGAGCAUCACCACGUACUCGGGCCCCUUCAGCGCCAGGCGGCUGCCAGAGAAAGUCAACACUAUUGUGCAAGAGGCCAAGACGCAGCUGCCUCUGGUGGUGUUGAAGAAGGUCUGGGGUGAAGCUGUGAGCUACAUCUGUGGCCUGAAAGACGACUACAGCCGACUCUUCCAAGGGCAGAGAGCCGCCAUGUUGAGCCUGCUGCGCUACAACACCAACCUGACCAGGUGUAAAAACAGCAUGUUCGGCUUCUCUCAGCAACUCAAAGCCAAGCUGGACUUCUUCAAGAGCAGCAUCCAGUACGACCUGGAAAAAUACAGCGAUCAGAUGCACUACGGCAUAUCCUCUGAAAAGAUGCUAAAAGCCUGGCAGGAGAACGAAGAAAGAGCUGCUACUUUUGUGCAGGUGGCAGAAGUGAGCCACUUGGAAGACGAAAUCAUGGCUCUGCACUCGGAGAUAGUGGAGCUUCAGAGGAGCCCGUACGCUCGACGCCAAGGAGACAAGAUGGAGCAGCUAGAGGAAAAAGCGAUCGAGCUCUACAAACAGCUGAAGAUGAAAUGCAAAAUACCGGAGUCAGAUGUGAGCAGCGACAGCUCCGAGAUGGUGAAGGCCAUAAUUCAGACGGUCCAGAACCAGGACAAGGUCCUGAAAGAUCUGUACACUCACCUCAGUAAGAUCCUGAUCAGCAAACAGAAAAUCAUUGAUUUGUUCCCACGAAUUGAGAAAACCCUGGAGAGCAUAAAGGAUGCGGACAACAUAGUGAUGCAGAUGCAGAUAAAGAGACAGAGGGAGUUCUGGCAUUUACUCAAGAUUGCAUGUGCUCAGAACUCGACUCGUAACUCGAUGGCAGCCAGUCCAGAGUCGUCCAACCUGCUGCAGGUUUCUCAGUGGUCACAGUCGGCUCAGCCUGUCAGCUCCCCUCAUCCCCUGACCUCCCUGCCCGGACCCAAUGACAGUGAUGCUGCCCCGCGACUGUUGCAGGAGAACCAGAAGUACCUCAGUCAGCUGACCAGCCUGAUGCAAGAGGCUGCUGACGAUCAGGCCAAGAGCAUCGCGGACCAAGACUGGAGCUGGACGAAAUACGAAACUUUAACAACAAAAUUAAAAAAGCGAAACGCAUAAACCCGUCCUCCAUCCCCGCCUACGCCCCCGAGUAACACUAAGGACUGUAAGCUGUUUACAAAGCGGAGUGGCGCCAAACGCUGUACAGUUGUACAUGGACUCUUAAAGAAAAAAAAAAAAAACAAGAAAAAAAAAAACAACAACAGCUUUCCUGAUCUCCUUCUCAAACUAAAGACAGUUCACACAUGAUCAGCGGGGUCUGUCUGCUCCCAUCGUCUCACAUGGUGGAAAGUUUGAUGAAUUAAUAAUCGUCAUUUUUUUUUAUAUAUAUAUAUAUAUGAACAAGAAAAUGAAGCUGUCUCCUUUUCCUUAUGCUGCAUAAUAUUUGUUUUAAUUCAUAAAACCUGAGCAAACUGUAGCACCGGAUCUGAGGAUUUUAGGUGGGAGGACAUUGGACAGAAACAUGGGAACUAAGUUCGUCAUACAAGGAAAACACAGGAAGCGGUCGAGCUUUGGGGGUGGGGCAGAGGGGAGGGUGGAGGGGGGGGUCGAGGAGGAAAUUACAAUCAAGCAAAUGGCACUUUGAUACUCCCAUGUAUCCUCUCUGUGAAGAUGCACCAGGCUGCCACAACUGCCUCAACAUUUACAGUAACAAACCGUUCCCUCAUAAUCAGUUUGAAAUAUUCACUAUUUGUUUAGAUUGUAUGUUUUUAAAGUGGUGUAACAUAUCAUAGGCAGGAGUCUUUUUGACAUGGUAUAGGUGAAAGACGUGGCUGGCCAUCAUGUUUAUACGAUGUCUAUACUGUACAUGUGUCUUUUUAACUGUCGAGGAGGAUGUAGUGGGGUUUGCGUUGUCUCGUUUUUGUGCACAUACUAUUUCAGUGGAUGGUUUUCCGUUGUGGUCAGGUCAUAGUCCGGAGGUUUCCAUCUGCAAAAAUGAGAGGGGAAGAAGGAGAGGUCAGUCAAGUGAGUAGUAGUGAGUAAACCGUGAGUCAAUGGCUGAAUUUACGUUGAAACAAAGAAACAGCUGGUGGGGCUAAUUCUAAGUCACUGCCUCUGAUUAAUUAUUACAAACGAAUAGGAAAUGAUUGAUAAUCACAUGGAUGAGGUGGCGUUAAAGCCACUUUUCAGUUAACUUUGUUACACUCGUUGAUGAACUGACAUUUUUACUGGGUUUGUAACCAAAAGAAACAAUUAACCUUUGCCUCCAUCCAAUCCAAAUACACGCAAAUGUCUUUCGUGAUCUGGACAAAAAAACUAAUUUUAAAGGUUCAUUUUUCCGACAUUUCAAAAAAUAUAAUUAAGAGAAAAGAAGACAGUCGACCCGCAGAUAAAUUAAAAAUCAAUGUAACUGUUGAUGUCAACAAAAAGGACCAUUUUCCAACUGGUUGCAACUACAUUUAGAAAAACGCUGCUACAGUUUAUCUGGCGACUAUCGGUACAAAUCCGAGUGAGGAAAUACGCAUUGAGGGACUAACAAGUCUCACAGGUCGUUCGAGGAAAUUAAAAACAGAUUUGACAGCUGUAUUUUUAGCCGUUACACAACUCUGCAGUCAAACAACCGUCUUGAGUCGUCUGAAAAUGUCAGUCUUUUUCAUUAUUUAGUCAUUUGUACAGAGCAUGCCGGUAAUGGGGAAAAAUCUAAACGCAUACAUCUGACAAUGACUUUAAACAGAGGGGAGACUUUUCACAUCUUCUCUUGACGAAAUCACUAAAUGGAUCGAACACCCACGAGACAACAUUCAUUUCGGCUAAUCCUUUCAGCUCUUGCUCCGAACAUGAGAAUCUUUCUUUGCUGCGAGUAAAAUGCACCGUCACAAACGGACAGUGCUGUCGGAGCUGCUCGCCGAUCCACCGGGAGACAAAUCUGAGCCUCCCACAGCAGAACCAGGAGAGUGGUUGGUUGAAUGUACUGCAGUGACACGGUGAGGUGUUCACUGCACGGUCAGAGACAAACAAACCUUCUUAACUGUAUUUAUGAAGUUGAAAGUGCAAUGGCAUAAAAAUAUAUAUAUUAUUUUGUUUAUGUAACUUGAUUUGUUCGGUUAUCUUUUCAUUUGAGGAUCAUUUCCAUCUGUUGAGUUUUAAAUUUGUCUCUGUUUAAUUUUUAGAGGUUUUUUUUUGUUGUUGUUGUUGUAUAAGAUCAAAUGUUUACCUAGUAAUAAAAUUAAUGACUUUGGCACGA